CUGAAGCCUCUCAUUGCUACCUCGUACGCUCCGCUCGGACACCUGCAUUUCUUGUCCUUAAUUUUUAUCAAACAGGUUCUGACGACAACCGAAAUGACGGCCGAGGAGCAGAGAAAGGCAGGUGAAAUUGUUUCGAGCCUUGCUAAGAAACAAAAGAUCGGGGAGGAGGCUUCAGAGGAGGAAAGGGAUCCACUUGCCGAGCAACAGUUGGAAAUCGAGAGGCUGCUGAAGAAGAUAGAGGAGUUAGUUGCAACUAGCAUCAAUCUAGAUCGCCAAAUCAAAGAUGAGAAUGAAGAACGUCGGAAACUACUUAUACAAGCCUUUAAUGAGAUACCAGAGUUGAUAAAUAAUCCUUUUCAAAUAGGGAUAAAAAUCAUGGGUGAAUUUGAUCCAAAGAUUUUUGAAGAACAAUGCAAGCUGAAAUUCGCUGAUGAUUAUGAAGUUAAGGCCAGAGAGAUGUACAGCCUUUGGGAAGAAAGAUUGAGGAAUCCUGAUUGGCGUCCUUUUAAAGUUGUCACGACCAUCGACCACAAGAAUAUGACAGAAGUGGACGAGGAUGAUGAAUUACUGAGGGAGCUUAAGCUGGAAUGGGAGGAUAAAAUUUAUACCGCCAUAACCAGAGCCUUAAAAGAGAUGGAUGAAUACAACCCAAGUGGGAGAUUUCCGGUGCCGGAGCUGUGGAACUUUAAAGAAGAUCGAAUCGCCACUUCAAGGGAGGGCAUCAACAUCGUGAACUCGUGCUGUGAGAUGAUUAAUUGCUCUUAGCCAGAAUUACAAGCUUUUUGUUAAGCAAACCUUUUUCUCAAUAACUUUGUGUUUUUCUCUCUUUGCGGUUGUUUGAACAUCAUUUGUUCAUUGUCUUGAAUGCAUGGCUGAUGAUUGUUUUUUAAGGACGAAGUGAUGUGACCA